UGGAGGGCGGGGCUUGGCGGCCAUGGGCGAGAUGGGAAUGGAGCUGGUCAAGCUGUGCCUCCUGGUGGGGCUGGCGGCGGCGGAGGCUCCCCGGGAUUCGUUGCGGGAAGAGCUGCUCCUCAGCCCGCUCCCGUCCGGGGAUUUGGCCGCCACCUUCCAGUUCCGGACUCGCUGGGACUCGGACCUGCAGCGGGAGGGCGUCUCUCAUUACCGGCUAUUCCCUAAAGCCCUGGGGCAGCUCAUUUCCAAAUAUUCAGUGCGUGAGUUGCACCUCUCUCUCACUCAGGGUUUCUGGCGGACGAGGAGCUGGGGACAGCCUUCCUUGCAGGCUCCUGCUGGGGCUGAGCUCUGGGUCUGGUUUCAAGACUCUGUCUCAGAUGUUGACAAAGCUUGGAAAGACCUCAGUAAUAUCCUCUCAGGGAUAUUCUGUGCCUCUCUGAACUUCAUUGAUUCCACCAACACUGUUACGCCAACAGCGUCCUUCAAACCUCUGGGAUUGGCGAAUGUGACAGACCAUCGAUUCCUGCGAUAUGCUGUAUUGCCCCGUGAAGUUGUCUGCACAGAGAAUCUCACACCCUGGAAGAAACUGCUGCCAUGCAGCUCCAAGGCUGGACUGGCUGUUUUGUUGAAAGCUGAGCGCUUGUUUCACAGCAGCUAUCACUCCCAGGCUGUUCACAUCCGUCCCAUCUGCAGGGAUGCCUCUUGCCUCAGUGUGUCAUGGGAACUCAGACAGACCCUCACUGUUGUCUUCGACUCUUUUGUUAGUGGCCAUGGAAAGAAAGAUUGGUCCCUUUUUAAGAUCUUCUCUCGUACUCUAACGGAAGCAUGUCCUCUGGCAUCUCAAAGCAAAGUCUAUGUUGAUAUUUCCAGUCGAGGCCAGGAGAAAGAACUUCUAGAAGUUUCUCCAGCUCCCUUGUCCAAACACGAAGCAGCUGUCCAAGGUGACAGGAGGACGUAUGCAGUCUAUGACCUUCUGAAUCCAGCACUCUUCAAUGGUUCUCGCAGCCUCAAUGUGCAGUUGAAAUGGAAACGGCCUCAGGAUGGUUUGGAUCUCCCAGCCCCGGUGCUGCAUGCUCAGCGCUAUGUGAGUGGCUAUGGCCUUCAGACAGGAGAAAUCAGCACCCUCGUCUAUAACACACAUCCAUACCGAGCUUUCCCUGUUCUGUUGCUGGAGACAGUGCCCUGGUAUUUGAGACUCUACAUCCACACACUGACAAUUAUCACAAAAGGAAAGGAAAACAAACCAAGCUAUAUUCACUAUCAACCUGCUCAGGAUCGACGGCGGCCCCAUCUCCUAGAGAUGCUGAUCCAACUACCUGCAAAUUCUGUCACAAAGAUCACCAUCCAGUUUGAGAGAGCCUUGUUGAAGUGGACAGAAUACACUCCUGACCCUAACCAUGGCUUUUACGUAAGUUCAUCUGUCUUGAGUUCCCUGGUGCCAAGUAUCAUUGCAAUGAAAGAGGAAGAAGAUGAUCUGAGCCCACUCUUUACAUCACUGUUUCCUUCCUCUGAUGGCUCAAGCUACUUUGUGCGUCUUUAUACCGAACCGCUGCUAGUAAACCUGCCAACCCCAGACUUCAGCAUGCCAUACAACGUCAUCUGCCUGACUUGCACUGUGGUAGCUGUGUGCUAUGGCUCCUUCUAUAACUUGCUGACCAGAACCUUCCAAAUAGAGGAACCCAACAGAGGAGGCCUAGCCAAGCGACUGGCAAACAUCAUUCGUAAAAUUAGAGGUGUCCCACUUCUUUGAGGGCAGCUGGUGAUGCCACUUCUCAAGGUUUUAGGAACUCUAUAAGCUAGGAUUUGCAGGGACAAAUCUGGCAGAGAGCUGUGCCCUCUUGUUCCUUGUUGAGAGAUCCACCAUUUUUCCUGGUUCAUGACAGGUAUGCACUAUCACCAAUUUUUGGACUAUAUUUAAAAAAUAGUAGGGAGAAAACGUUCAGUUAUGAAAUAACUUUAAUGGUCUUCUGAAAGACAUGGAAAAUAAGUGUGAUCUACACCUGAACUUUUUGCUCCUUGGGCUUACUGGACUGGAGCCCCUUCACUUCUCUAAGCAGCCUGGGUUUGUUUCCGCAUGCAACUCCUCACAAUGUGCUGCUAUGUGGAAAAUAUAGGCAGUUGGUGAAUUUGUCAAGAAAAGUAUAACAAAAAUUGUAACAACAAAAAUGUGAUGGCUAAGGAAAAAAUUCUAUUUAUGUCUGAGUAUGGUUUAUAUAGUCAUGGAAUUUUGGCAGGUUGCAUCUUGUCAUUUUUAUAGAAAAUAUUAAUGGAGUACAGUGGAGAGUAACUGGCAAAUGAAAUUAAAUCUUAUUGGAGAAGUUGUAUGUGUUUUUGGAACAUGAUGUGGUCAGGCAGAACUAGGAAAUAUGACAUUAAAAACUAGUAUUACAGGAGUCUGGACCAUGGUGGGGAAUGACCAACACUCUACAUAUGGAUUGCCAUUCCCACCAGCCCAAAUUAGCAUAGGCAAAGGUAAGGUGAUGGGAAUUGCAAUUCAGCAACUUCUGGAGAGCCACAGUUUCCAGGGGGAAUGAAGAUUGCUUGUAUGCUUGCUAAGGAAAAGCCCUCCUACAUUUCCUUCCAACAUGUGUGUAAGAAAUGGUUGAAGAAUACAAGAAAUAAAUACUUUGUGGUACCAA